AUGGUGGAGGAGGUUCACAGGCAGUUCAAUACCAUUCUUGGGUUGAUGGAGGGAACAGAUGUCACCGAGCCGCUUCUUGUGGAAGUUGACCAAAUCUAUCACCUUGCUUGCCCUGCUUCACCAAUAUUCUACAAGCACAACUCUGUUAAGCAGACCAUCAAGACAAAUGUUAUUGGUACCCUGAACAUGCUAGGACUUGCAAAGAGAGUUGGAGCUAGGAUUUUGUUGACAUCAACCUCUGAAGUUUAUGGUGAUCCACUUGAGCAUCCUCAAAUUGAGGCCUACUGGGGCAAUGUUAAUCCGAUUGGUGUUAGGAGUUGUUAUGAUGAGGGUAAGCGUGUAGCUGAGACGUUGAUGUUUGACUAUCACAAGCAGCAUGGCAUUGAAAUCCGGAUUGCCAGGAUUUUCAACACCUAUGGGCCUAGGAUGAACAUUGAUGAUGGCCGUGUUGUUAGCAACUUCAUUGCUCAGGCUGUGCGGUAAUGCUUUGUUGAAUGUCUUUUAUUUUCUCCUCAGCUACUGCAGAUAUAU